AUGACAAUGACAAGCAAGACAUCCUUGGUGAAAAAUGCUGAUAUGCCCGAGGAAUUGAAAGAAAAUGUCAUCAAUAUAUGCAUUGAAGCUGUUGAAAAGUAUUCAGUGGAAAAAGAUGUUGCUUCUUAUAUCAAAAAAGAAUGUGAUCGAUUACAUAAACCAUCUUGGCAUUGUAUUGUUGGAAAAAAUUUUGGCAGUUAUAUUACACACGAAGCAGGAUGUUUCAUCUAUCUAUUUAUCGAUAAUGUGGCUAUACAACUUUUUAAAUCUGGUUAA